CAAUUUUCUUACGCAGUGGCCUCCCUUUACAGCAAGUCCAAAAUAAUUAGAAAGCAUGAAGAUAGAAGAAAUGUCUGUCGUUUUGACAGGAUUCCUGUUUGUUUGUCUCAAAGAUUUCAUAACAACCUCAGGUUAUAAACAGUUUAUCGAAAAUAGUGUCAUCUUGCUGGCUGUGUUUGCGGCUUUUAUUGUCCAACAAUAUGUGUCAUCUGGAAAGCCAAAUUUGUUUAGGCUAGGAGAUGCAGGACUGUGGGCGUGUCUUUUGUUACCCAGUGUUGCUAAUGGAAUGGAAAUGGAAGACAGAAGUUUGUUAUGGACUCUUGCUUUGGCCACACUUGUAAGCUACGUGUACAGUGAAGGAUUAACAAUGUCGAGGCUGUGGUGCAUAUUGAUAGUGGUGGUAUAUACAUGUCUUACAGCUAAUCUGAUGUAUCAGAAACCUAUUGAUGCACUUAUUAUAGCAGUAUGCUGUAUGGUGUACAUGUACAUGUUACACAACAUAUCAUCUUGGUUCAAGAGGAGUUUUACAUUUGGUGAGGCUUCUGUAGUUGUACAGCUGUAUGUCUGUCAAACAUACAGGGGCAUCAGGAAUAUAAAGGGCUCAGAUCCUUUAGAGAAAGUAACAGUUGUAAGUAUAGAUUUUUAA